AUGUCCUGGCUAGCACGGUUGGCAGUGGCCAUGCAUGUGGCUCAAGCACUCGACCUGAGCAUCUCAGUUGGGAGUGCAUGCACAGUCACACUCCUCCCCACCGCAUUCACAUUCCCCUCACCGCAUUCACACUCCUCCCCACCGCAUUCAAAUCCUUCCCAGGGGAGCAGCGCCCCAUGUCCUAGCUGGCACGGCUGGCAGUGGCCAUGCAUGCGGGAGCAGCGCCCCAUGUCCUGGCUGGCACGGUUGGCAGUGGCCAUGCGUGUGGCUCAAGCACUGGAGCAUCUGGGGCGGGAGAAGAACAUGGCUGUGUAUCAUGACCUUAACCCUUACAAAGUGCUGCUGGAUAAGGACAACGAACCCAAGCUGUCAUGUUUCGGCCUCAUCAAGCCUCUCAAGGAAGGCCGCUACAGCUCCAACCUGGACUACUUACCACCUGAGCAGCUGUUACACGGGCGAGUGACAGCAGAGAGUGUGGUGUACAGCUUCGGACUCAUCCUUCUGGCCCUCUUUAGUGGCAAAAGCAUUCGUCCCACACAGUUCCUGGAGAUGGUGGAGGAGAAGCAGGAUCUAUCCCUCCUGCUAGACAGCAACCUCCUCUCCCACGCACCAAGCGUUGAUUUCGCCCUCGAGCUCGUGCCCCUCAUUGCCGAGUGCCUGAAGAAGGACCCGGGGGAGCGCCCCCCCAUGGACAGCAUUGCAGAGUUCCUUGGGAUACUGGACGACCGCAGCAGGGGCAUCGGCAAUUCACUUGGCCUUGCGGGAGAGGGAGAGGAGAGGGAGGGGGACGGCGCUCCUGCUGCUUCUGCUGCAGCAUCACCGUUGGCCCGUGCAGCCAUGGAAGGGGACUGGGAGGUGCUGCAUCGGAGGCUGGUCACGGUGUCGUUCACUCCGCCCCAGGAGCCAUCUUUUGAGGUGUGGAAUGCCGAAAUACAGGAUCUAGUGUCGUCGAGGCAGAGGGGAGACAAGGCGUUCAAGAGCCAGCAGUGGGAGGAGGCGAUUGCUCUCUACACCAAGGUGAUUAUAACGAGAGGUGAAGGGGAUGCGGGGGAGUGGGAGAGUGAAGGAGGGGGAUGUCUAAGCCAGCAGUGGGAGGAGGCGAUUGCUCUCUACACCAAGGAUCCCAUCUCACUUUUGACACCUCCCUCUCACUUUCUCCUUUUUUGCAUGCCACCCCCUCCACCCCUCCUGCCCUUCAUGCCACCUCUUUCCACCCCUCUUUCCGUGCGUGCCACACCUCUCCACCCCUGCGUUCUGCUCUCGUCUCCUACAGUUCCUCAAGUGUGA